AUACGUCGAGACGCUAUCAGCGUGUGUCGUGGAGUCGUGAGAAGACAGGUAAACUACACACCCUACACUGACAAGGAGCGUUACACAUAUACACCGGACAUUAACAUACAGCUGUAGGAUGAUGAUGACGAGUGUGGUGCCAACUUAGAUUGAAGACCCUCAUGAAAGACAGGAAGUAGUGAAGAAUCUUCAAAGAUAGAAAUUAGAACGAUAUAUUCAGUGGUUGAAUAUGGCCGAGAUGGAGAAAGGUCAAAGUGACACAGACAGUGAAGAAUGUACACCAGCAAAUUGCAGGAGGAAAAGCAAUGAUGAGGACAACCCGCCUGGAACCACUGACGGAUCAGGCAGUACUGUGGAGGAUGCAGGAAAUAAAGAUGUUGAUGAAGAGAGUGCUGACGAAUGUUUGACUGGUGACGUUACAGAUGAAGACGAUGGGGAUAGAAUAGAAGAUAUGUAUGAACUUGGAGCAUGUGUUACAAAGGUCAAAUUCCAGACUGUCCAACAACAGUCAUACCAUCUUGUAGGUAAAGACACCACGGCACUGGCACAACACAUUGUGGGAUGUUGUCAGCAACCACAGGGAGAAAUAGCGUCAACAUCACAGCAGGGGACACAACUCCAGCAAGCUUCAGCUGCUGAUGUUGAUCAGACAACAAGUCAAUUACAGUUGUCAACAACUACGUCUUGUGUAGUCCCCGAAACAACGAUUGCGCAAGUCCCGAGAACAGCAGCACUGACACCAGCGUCCACAUCCUCUCUUCUACCCAGAAUACCAGGAUCUGUUGUAUCAGAGAUACAGUCAUCAGGGCUACCUGGGGUACCAGUGCCUGUGGAUUCUCCUUCAGGUGUCCAGUACAACAAAUUCUACGUACAGCAGAAUUUUGGGGAUGUGACAGUCAGGGGCGCCAGGAAUCUGAACUUUGGCGGAACCCAGAACAUUAGAGGAACACAGAACGAUGGUGCACCUCGGACCAACCAGGAAGAGGAGAAACACCUGACUGCAGCACAGAAGAUCAGGAAAAGAACAGAAUCCAGGAUACAGUCGUGGACUAAAGACAUGGUGGAGACAAAAGGCCUGCAGAAGGUGACAGACAAGCUAGACAGAGGAGCAACAUGGGUGACAAUUAAAGGAAGACCAGGAGAGGGGAAGUCUACAAUAGCCUACAUGGCUCUCAAAGAUCAGCACACUCAGGGGAGACAAGUGUAUCAGGUUGUGUCACCGGAGGAGUUCAAUGAGGUCAUAACGGCCAGCAUUGACCCUGUCAUUAUGUUAGAUGACAUAUUUGGUGAUCUGGAAUUUGAUGUAGCAGAAUGGGCCAAGUGGAGACCAAGUCUACAACCUGUUGUGGAUGUGAAAGAUCCUGAUAAAUAUACAGAAAAGGAUCCCAUAGACAAGUCCACUAAUAUCAAUAAUGGUUUAAAGAGAACAAAAGAUGAGCAAACAGAGCUGAAAAGAACAGCGCCUAACAAAGACCAAACUAUCAUUAUCCUCGUAGGCCGUGACUAUGUGCUGAAAUCCUCACUGGCAGACUUGGGAAAGAUGGCAGAUUACAUAUCUAGUCCCCUCUAUGUGGUGGAAGUUUCUUCUCAGAGAGACUCUUAUGAACGAAGGAAGAUUUGGCAUGUUCAUGUCAAAACAAAGACAAAGAUGGACUUUGAUGAGUCAACUGUGUCUCAGAUAUGUCAGGCUGACUGUCCACACGGCUUUCCCCAUGUAUGUAAAAUGUUUGUCACGACAUAUGGAAAGGAUCAGACUCAGCUUUCAGCAGAGACUGUUUUAGAUUUUUUUAAAAUGCCUCUUGUGUUCCUCAAAAAGACUUUGGAUAAAUUUCUUAAGGAUAAGAUAAAGCGUUCACUGUUCAUGGCUAUGAUUAAAAGAGAUGGGAAGAUUAGUGGACAGGAGUUGGAGGAGAAUGGUUAUCUUGCGUAUGAAAGCAUAACAGCUGCUGAUGAUUUGGUUGGAUCUUAUCUCAAGAAGGAAGAUGACACAUACAUGUUUGACCAUCCCUCUAUAUAUGACAGUAUUGCUUUAAUACUCAGUACAAAACAAUCAAAGUUUGUCAUCGAAAAUUGUAGUUUGUCAUUCAUCCAUCAGCGACUUCGUCUUAAACCAUCCACAAGAUUAGGGGAAAAUGUUCCUAGUGAGACAGGUCUUGUUGCAAACAUCUCAUGGACCUUUGCUGGACAUUUAGCCAGAAGAUUUGCAACUGAAAUUGAGAGAGGCAAUUUCUUGCAUGUCUUAUCGCACGAGACAUGUUGUAAUUCAAAGUUUAUUGACUUGCUCAUGGACUGUCUGAAGACAAACUGUCACAUGUCUGUUCCUGAUCUUCUGAAACUAGCUGAUAAUUCUUCAAGACAAUACGUUUUAAGCGACAAGUCACAUUCAUUUUGUGAAUUGCUUUCAAGCAAUAAGUCACAUCAUCUGAUCAAAUUUAUUAUGGAGAAAGAAAACAUAUCAUUCAGCCAAAAUGAAAAAAGGGACAUUUUACUUGGGGUGUGCAAGAAUGCUGCUUGUAGUGUAUUGACCUACAUCAGUGAACACAUGAAGCUUGACAUGGAUGCUAGAUAUGGUCGGCUUAAUGUAACUCCGAUCAUGUUAGCAGCGGAAACCAAAAACAGUGAGUUUGUCGAUCAGAUUCUGGCCCUUGCCCCUGACCUGAAUGCAUGCGAUAAACUAGGAAAUACUGUCUUUCAUUACCUUUGCAAGUAUGGCCUUACAUCAGCCGUGGAACAAGCAAUUAACACGGGUGUGGAUGUCAAUGUUCAUCGUGUAAAUGGUGCCCUUUUGUACCUUGCCAUAAAAAAUGGUCACUUAGGGGUGGUGAAACUGCUGGUGAAAACAGGAUUUCAUCUGGAUAACCAGAAAGGUCUUAGAAUUGCUUUCAUGAGCCAGAACAAGGACAUGGUAGACUUUCUUUUAGACAGAGGAGCACAGGUUGAUGGUGAUGCUGUAAACAGUGCUUGUAAGGUGGGGAACUUGACUAUGGUCAAAAUGUUACUUGAGAAGGGUGCUACUGUUAACAUGAUGUCAUCUAAUGGAGACACUCCUCUUCACAGCUCAUGUAGACGACACUCAGAUGUUAUGUCAUUUCUGCUGGCGAAAGGAGCAAGUGUGAAUCAACUUUCAUCUGAUACAGGUGACGCACCACUUCAUACAGCAGCACAUCGGGGAUAUACAGUGUAUGUCAAUGUGUUACUGAAGGCUGGGGCUGAUGUGAAUGUACAGAAUAAGACAGGUGACACACCACUUCAUACAGCAGCACAUCGGGGAUAUACAGUGUGUGUCGAUGUGUUACUGAAGGCUGGGGCUGAUGUGAAUGUACAGAAAAAUACAGGUGACACGCCACUUCAUACAGCAGCACAUCGGGGAUAUACAGUGUGUGUCGAUGUGUUACUGAAGGCAGGAGCUGAUGUGAAUGUACAGAAAAAUACAGGUGACACGCCACUUCAUACAGCAGCAGGAAGGUGGGGAUCUGCAGACUGUGUUGUAGUGUUACUGAAGGCUGGGGCUGAUGUGAAUGAACAGAAUAAGACAGGUGACACACCACUUCAUACAGCAGCAGCAGGGUGGGGAUGUGCAAUGGCUGUUGAAGUGUUACUGAAGGCUGGACCUGAUGUGAAUGUACAGAAUAAUACAGGUGACACACCACUUCAUACAGCAGCAUUUUUUGGAUCUAAAAACUGUGUUGAAGUGUUACUGAAGGGUGGGGCUGAUGUGAAUGUACAGAAUAAGAUAGGUGACACACCACUUCAUACAGCAGUAGCAGGGUGGGGAUCUGCAAUGUGUGUUGAAAUGUUACUGAAGGCUGGGGCUGAUGUGAAUGUACAGAAUAAGACAGGUGACACAACACUUCAUACAGCAGCAGCAGCAUGGUUGGGAUCUGCAGAGUGUGUUGAAAUGUUACUGAAGGGUGGGGCUGAUGUGAAUGUACAGAAUAAUAGAGGUGACACACCACUUCAUACAGCAGCAGACAGUGGAUCUACAGAGUUAAUUGAAGUGUUACUGAAGGCUGGGGCUGAUGUGAAUGUACAGAAUAAUACAAGUGACACACCACUUCAUACAGCAGCAGACAGUGGAUCUACAGAGUGUAUUGAAGUGUUACUGAAGGCUAGGGCUGAUGUGAAUGUACAGAAUAAGACAGGUGACACACCACUUCAUACAGCAGCAGCAGAUGAGGAAUAUACAGUGUGUGUCAAUGUGUUACUGAAGGCAGGGGCUGAUGUGAAUGUACAAAAUAAUACAGGUGACACACCACUUCAUACAGCAGCAAAGAGUGGAUCUACAGAGUGUAUUGAAGUGUUACUGGAGGCUGGAGCUGAUAUGAAUGUACAGAAUAAGACAGGUGACACACCACUACUGAAGGCUGGAGCUGAUGUGUCACACACCACUUUGUAAAACAGCAUAGCAGGGAUGUGCAGAGUGUGUUUAGCGAAGAUUUUAUUCCAUGUCAUAGUUCCCCAUUCAUUACACACUGGUAAAUACGUCUCAGAUUUCAUCAGUAUAUAUAUAGUUAUGGGCGUGGCUAUGUAGCCUGGUGGGUAAGGUGUCUGCUCCUGUGGACUGGGUUUGACUUCCUGGAAAGUGUUCAGCAGAAUCUCAGCUGCUGUCAAAUUAUACCCACAUAGUUAGACGAGAAGCAUUGACAAAUCGUACCCACCUACUCGCUGCUGCUCUACACUCUCUUACUCCAUGCGUUGUACCUGUCAAAUAGUCAUUUUGUUUUGAGUGAGUGAGUGAGUGAGUGAGUGAGUAUGGUUUUACGCCGCUUUUAGCAAUAUUCCACCAAUAUUACGGCGGGGGACAUCAGAAAUGGGCUUCACACAUUGUACCCAUGUCGGGAAUCGAGCCCGUUUUUUUGGCGUGACGAGCGAACGCUUUAACCACUAAGCUACCCGACCGCCGCUUAUUUUGUUUUGGCAAUGUUUACAUCAUUCUGUGGUUUGUAAAUCACUCACUCUCUCCCUAGCCGAUAACCACGAACCCUUAAACUUCUAUUUCUGCAAGUACUUGAUCACAUUUCGUUCCUGGAUCACCUUUCGCUUCCAAAAGUCAGAGACUGGUGCUUAUUUUACCGAUUUCUCAAAGGGAAACGAUUUCCCUAGCUGACUCAAACUUCUUGUGGAUAUACCCCAACGACAUCAUGUCUAUGACAAAGGAUUUCUCUGUUUCUAAGUUCCGUCUGUGAGGCUAAGAACUUGUCAAUUAACCCCUGUAGGACUAAAAAGAAAUACAUUGACUCCCUGGUGUAACGUACAGACUAUAGUACGAAUGUAGUGUAGUUGCAACCUUCAACAUAUCCAUCUAGCUUCUGUAGACUCCCUGGUGUAAUGUAC